UCACAUAUUCCCUGGCCUUCGUUCAAAUAAGAAUUUUGGAUAAAAUUCAGUAACAAUAAUUAAGAGAGAUGUUCUUGUGCUGAUGUAUAUAAUUGCCUAAUUUUAGUUUAUGGAUUUAUCUAUAUAAGAAACAUUGCUCUUCUGGUCAAUUUGGGUUGGCUACAAGCCUCAAAGUAGGCAAAAUUCUGGACCUUUGUUCUUAACAUACUAUAGAAGCUUUUCUCUUCUUUUUUCUUUUUUGUUUGUUUGAAAAAGAUACAAGGAAAAUAAUUUGCACUUCUAUUGAUAGAGCUUCAAGUCUUACAAAAACUAUAGAAAAGAAGAAGCACUUCCUAAUCAAGAUGUUAUCAGGUUGGAUUGACAUUGUUCUCAUUUCAACUCUAGCUUUGCUGAGCUUGUGCUCUGCAACUACGGUUGAAUAUGAUUCUAAUGCCCUUAUCAUCAAUGGUGAACGUAAAAUCAUUUUCUCCGGCGCAAUUCAUUACCCGCGUAGCACUCCUGAGAUGUGGCCUGAGCUGAUAAAUAAGGCCAAGGAUGGUGGCCUUGAUGCUAUUGAAACUUAUGUCUUCUGGGACCGUCACGAGCCUGUCCGGCGUCAGUAUGAUUUCUCUGGAAAUUUGGACAUUGUUAAAUUCUUCAGAGUCAUUCAGGAAGCUGGACUCUAUGUCAUUCUCCGGAUUGGCCCUUAUGUUUGUGCUGAAUGGAAUUAUGGUGGCUUCCCUAUGUGGCUGCACAAUACUCCAGGGGUUGAACUGAGGACAGACAAUGAGAUUUACAAGAACGAAAUGCAAACUUUUACAACUAAGGUUGUAGAUAUCUUGAAAGCAGAAAAGAUGUUUGCUCCGCAGGGAGGACCUAUAAUCAUUGCACAGAUAGAGAAUGAAUAUGGAAACAUAAUGGAACCUUACGGAGAUGCGGGUAAAAGAUAUAUUCAAUGGUGUGCACAAAUGGCUGUAGCCCAAAAUGUUGGAGUUCCAUGGAUUAUGUGCCAGCAAGGAGAUGCUCCACAACCUAUAAUCAAUACCUGCAAUGGCUACUAUUGUGAUACAUUCAAACCCAACAAUCCUAAAAGUCCAAAAAUGUUCACUGAAAAUUGGAGUGGAUGGUAUAAACUUUGGGGCGGGAAAACCUCGUAUAGGACUGCCGAAGAUAUGGCAUUUUCAGUUGCACGAUUUGUCCAAGCUGGAGGCGUCUUCAAUAACUAUUACAUGUAUUAUGGAGGAACGAACUUUGGACGCACAGCAGGAGGUCCUUAUAUCACCGCGUCAUAUGAUUAUGAUUCGCCACUUGAUGAAUAUGGAAAUCUGAAUCAGCCCAAAUGGGGGCAUUUGAAGCAACUCCAUGCAUCUAUCAAAUUGGGAGAGAAAAUCAUCACUAAUGGUACAGUAACAAUCAAGAAUUUCCAGGCAGGGGUUGAUCUGACUGCAUACACCAAUAAUGCUACGAGGGAAAGAUUCUGUUUCUUGAGCAAUAUAAACAUUGCCGACGCUCAUAUUGAUCUGCAACAGGACGGCAAUUACACCAUCCCUGCUUGGUCUGUUAGUAUUCUCCAAAAUUGCAGCAAGGAAAUUUUCAACACUGCCAAGGUUAACACACAGACAUCUUUGAUGGUAAAGAAACUCUAUGAGAAUGAUAAACCUACAAACCUUUCCUGGGUGUGGGCACCUGAACCUAUGAAAGACACACUUCUAGGAAAGGGUAGAUUUAGAACAUCACAGCUGCUUGAUCAAAAAGAAACAACAGUUGAUGCCAGCGACUAUUUGUGGUACAUGACUAGUUUCGACAUGAACAAGAACACAUUGCAGUGGACUAAUGUGACUCUGCGAGUGACCUCAAGAGGCCAUGUACUUCAUGCCUAUGUUAACAAGAAACUGAUAGGUUCCGAAUUUUCCAAGCAAGUGGGCAGCCAACUAGUAAUCCAGGGAGAGUUUACGUUUGAGAAGCCUGUUACUCUGAAACCUGGAAAUAACGUCAUAAGCUUGCUCAGUGCCACUGUUGGAUUAGCUAAUUACGGUUCAUUUUUUGACAAGACUCCUGUUGGCAUAGUGGACGGACCUGUUCAAUUGAUGGCAAACGGAAAGCCUGUAAUGGAUUUAUCAUCAAAUUUGUGGUCGUAUAAGAUUGGGUUGAAUGGUGAGGCUAAGCGAUUUUAUGAUCCAACUUCACGCCAUAACAAAUGGAGUGCCGCUAAUGGAGUUUCCACUGCAAGACCAAUGACUUGGUACAAGACCACCUUCAGUUCUCCUUCAGGUACAGACCCUGUGGUGGUGGACUUGCAAGGGAUGGGAAAAGGGCAUGCUUGGGCAAAUGGCAAGAGCCUUGGUCGGUAUUGGCCUUCACAAAUUGCUAAUGCUAAUGGAUGUAGUGGCACCUGUGACUAUCGCGGACCUUAUAAUGCUGGCAAAUGUACGAGAAAUUGUGGCAUUCCUACUCAAAGAUGGUACCAUGUUCCGAGGUCAUUCCUGAAUAGCAAUGGAAAAAAUACAUUGAUUUUGUUCGAAGAAGUAGGCGGGGACCCUUCAGGCAUAUCCUUCCAGAUUGUUACUACUGAAACUAUCUGCGGAAAUGCAUACGAAGGAAGCACAUUGGAACUGUCCUGCCAAGGCGGACGAACAAUAUCAGAAAUUCAGUUUGCAAGCUAUGGUAAUCCCCAAGGAACCUGCAGCUCAUUCAAGAAGGGCUCAUUCGAUGCAAUGAAUAGUGUCCAGAUGGUCCAAAAGGAAUGUGUUGGAAAAGAUAGCUGUUCAAUUAUUGCGUCUGAUGAAACAUUUAUGGUAAAUGAACCUCAAGGCAUCAGCAACAAGAGGCUAGCUGUCCAAGCUCACUGCUCAAACUCUCAGGAAGUAGCAUCUAAAAGGCAAAAUAAGAAAGUUUAGUUUUGUGCCUGGAGUGUGAGAUAUUAUAAUCUCAUCUCAAAGGGGGUAUUCUUAUUGUUUUUUUUUUCUUGUGCCUAUAGUUUCCAAGGAUGUGAUUGACAGAAAGACUAAAUUUUGUACUCAUAUCAUUUAUUCAGAUAAAUAAAUUAUAUUUGCUGAUCUUGGCAAAGAUCAUACUGAAA